AUUCAUUUUACAUACCCCACCCGCGUACGACUAACGCCAAUUUUUUCUAAUCUUUUUUCCUUUCUGUGUAAGUACUUACUAAGCAAAAAUGGAAUUUUGCCAGAGUGGGCUCCACAGUCGCACACCGCCACCACCAUUCUUCUCUGCUUUUUGUUUGCAUGGUACCGGCUUAUCCCAACGGAUUCGCGCCCCUGUCCAAAAACCCAUGACCGUUCUGCAUCUCUCUCUCUCUCUCUCUCUCUCUCUCUCUACACAAAAUCCCCCGAUUUCUCCAACUGGGUCUUGCUUAAAAUCAACGGCUGCCGUACACCUCUGAAUGAUUUCAGCUAAAUCAGGAAGAAGCCUAUGUCCUGAUUACUUGAUCUAGUGGAGCUUCAAAACACAACCAUAGUUGAAUCUGGAUUGAUGGGGGCUUCAAGCUCUAGAAUAGAAGAAGAUAAGGCUUUGCAGCUAUGCCGUGAGAGAAAGAAGUUUGUUAGAGAAGCACUUGACGGCAGGUGCUCAUUAGCAGCUACUCAUGUUUCAUAUAUACAAUCUCUACGAGUUGUGGGGACUGCUUUAAGGAAGUUUGCUGAACCCGAAGGUCCACUAGAAUCGUCCCUAUACACUUCUACUAGCGCAACUCCAGAGCUGCUUGUGUCGACUGACAAGUCCUUUUCCCAGUUCUCAUUUUCGUCGCCAUCUAUUUCGCAACGUGUGGAUGCAACUGAAAACCUCUCCCCAUUUCCCUCUCCACCUACUUCAAAUCAUUAUCAGGUGAAUCACAUGAAAUUUAGAACUACUUAUUCCAGAAAAGUUGAAGAAAAACCUCCUGUCCCAGUUAUGGGGUCUGUUACUUCUUCAAGUCCCUCACGGAGGAGUAACGAACUUCACGCAAGCGAAAGGCCAGAAACUUCACCGUUUGAGACUUCUCCUAUACAAACCGAAACUUCGCCAUGGGAUUACUUUGGUCUUUUCCAUUCAGUUGACAAUCAAAUCUCUUCACAGGAAGUGAGAGGACUGAAUCAAGGUUUUGAGAAUACCGAUAACAUAAGAAAGCUUAGGGAAGAGGAGGGAAUUCCUGAUUUGGAAGAUGAAGAAGAAAAGUCUUAUUCUACUGGGGAGGAUUCUAUGGACUCAGAGGAUGAAUUUGACGACCCUUCUACUGAUACACUAGUUCGGAGUUUCGAAAAUGUCAAUAGAGUACCGGGUCAUGAAGCUGCUGCUGCUUGUUCACCAGCCAUUCCAUCUGAAAAAAGCAUAGAAUCAGGUACUCAGGUUGUGAAUGAGGUGAAAUGCAACUCUCCUCAUCUGUCUCCGUUGAGAGCCACCUCAGCAGGAGUCACACUUCGCAAUGAUGUGAAAAGAUCACUCGUGAAAGAAGAUGGCCCUGAAAAUAAGUUUAUUGCAAAGGACUUCUUUUCAAGCGUGAAAGAGAUUGAACAUCUUUUCAUCAAAGCUUCUGAGUCUGGGAGAGAAGUUCCCCGGAUGCUUGAAGCAAACAAGUUUCAUUUUCGACCAAUUUUCCCGGGGAGAGACCGUGGGUCAGUAACUUCAACAUUAAUCAAAAGUUGCUUCUCUUGUGGGGAAGAUUUUAACCAGGUUCAGAAAGAGCCUGAUCAAACAUCUGUGAAGUACUUAACCUGGCAUCGGACAAUAUCAUCACGUUCGACUUCGUCUAGGAAUCCUCUCGGCGCAAACUCGAGAGAUGACACAGAGGACCUCACGAAUAAUCUCUUUCAGAAUUUCUGUAUGAACUCAGGAAGCCACGCCUCUACCUUGGACAGACUAUACGCAUGGGAGAGGAAGCUGUAUGAUGAAGUCAAGGCAAGUGAGCUGGUUAGAAAGGAGUACGACAUUAAGCGUAAGCAUCUUCGACAACAAGAAUCUAAGGGAGAAAAUUCUACCAGGAUUGAUAAAACUCGAGCUGUUGUGAAGGAUCUACACUCGAGAAUUGGAGUUGCAAUACACAGAAUAGACACAAUAUCGAAGAAAAUAGAGGAACUAAGAGACACAGAGCUGCAGCCACAGCUCGAGGAGUUGAUUGGAGGGUUAAGGCGGAUGUGGGAUGUGAUGUUUGAAUGUCACAAGCUUCAGUUCCACAUCAUUUCAGUUGCAUCCGACAACGGCACCAUCAAAAUCUCCUUACAUUCAGAAGCACAGAGACAGAUCACUGCCCUUCUGGAGAUCGAACUGAGUGCUCUUUCUUCAAGCUUCACAAAGUGGAUUGGUGCUCAGAAAACAUACGUGAAGGCUCUCAAUGAGUGGCUUUUCAAAUGCAUCUCUCUUCCUCAGCAAUCUUCCAAGCGGAAAAAGAGGGAGCCACGCGAACCCAUACGAAAUUCGGGCCCACCCAUAUAUGUCACGUGUGGUGUUUGGUUGGAAAAGCUUGAUACUCUACCCACAAAGGAAGUCACAGAAUCUAUAAAGAAAUUAGGUGCAGAAAUUUCCCGCUAUUUACCUCGUCAAGAGAAGAACCAAGGGAAGGGUAGGAAUCCUCUGCAUUUGACAUCUUGGCCAGCUGGAAGCAAUGGUGAGGCAGCCGUUAAUUUGUUGAGAGACGAAUCUCCAGAGGAUUGGGUAACAGGUUCCGAUCGUUUUGGAUCUACUUUGGUGGAAUUUAUCGCUCAGUUGAAGAACUUUGCAGAGUCUUCUGUGAAGAUGUUUGCUGAACUUGAAAACGCCAUUCAAGAAGCCAAAACUAAAUAUGAGAAGCCCCUCAAGUGGUGAACGCAUUUUCACAAAAAGGAAAAAAGAAAAACAGGAAAUGGAAAUUGGGUGUAGAGAAAUAGCAAGGAGGAGGAAAUUACUUGUGGCAUUUGUACAUGGAGAAAACAAUAACUGGGUAGCUUACUGGAGGUUUUUCCCCGUGUUCAUUUGGGCAGGAAUAAAGGACAUGGUUAUAGUCAGUAUUACUGGGAUUGAAAGGUGAAAGGUAAGAGUAAUAAGAUGGGUGGGAUAUUUGUUGGUUGAAUCAGUUUUUGUUUGGCUAUUGUUGAAAUAGUUUUUCUGCUAGACAUGUUAGAACCUGUAUAGCUUAUUUGAACAUGAGAAUUGAGUUGCAACUCCACCCCUCAUCCUCUAUUAUGGUUAUACAUAUAGGUCUGGGUACAUAUGUCCAUGAGAUCUUUGAUUAACAAGAUCAAUGGUUCUUUGGUUU